UGAUAACCAUUAAUGUAAAUAAUUUCUGAACCAUUUCAACAAAUGAUGUCGUUUAGUGAUUUGUCAUGUUCAGAAUGUGGAGAAUCAUUCUCAUCAGCAUCUCAACUAUUAAAACAUUUUGCCUUACACGUUAAAGAGCCUUUAGACUAUGGUAACCAUGAGGGUAGUCAGCAACGCCAAACAAGAAAAAGUAAUGUAACAAAGAUACCAGAUUUGUAUCCUAUUCAAAAAAUAAGGAAAUCGGAAUUACCACUGAGUGCCAAUGUUAAGCAAAUGCUACAAAAUAUUGCCAAAGAAGAAGACACUGUGGAUUCUGGUAUAGAGGAUUUUGUUAAUCCGUUGAAUUAUUGUGAGGUAACUAUUUCAGAAGCAGAGGAUAGUAAACCAAAAAGCUCAUCAAAGACAGAAAACUGUUCGAACGUCAAUUCAAAAAGUUCAGCAAAGAACAAUAGUUCUCAUUGUUCCAAAGUAAUUAAAAAACGAAAAAAAUAUAUAUGCUCUUACUGUGAGAGGACUUUUGGGUGGUCAACUGAUUUAAAACGACAUAUUCUUGUACAUACUGGUGAUCGACCAUUUAAAUGUAAUGCAUGCCCAUUAGCAUUUACUAGAAAGUUUUUACUACAAAAACAUCAGCACAGGAUACACCCAAAUGACAAAAUUAACGAAUUAAAUACAAAUAAGAGAACUUUACCAAUAUUAUCACCCCUUAAAUUAUUAAUAAAAAAAUGACUAUAGUUUUGGAUUGCAAUAUACCUAGGUACAUCGUUUUGCAACUAGAGGGGUUAUAAGAAAUAACAAAAUUUCUACUUAAUUUUUUAAGAAAAAAAUAUAAACCUACUUAUAUUAACUUUCAAAGAUGGUGACUAAUAAAUAAAAUUAAAUAAUUGGCUCUUUCAACGAACUUUAUUAAAAAUUAGACAAAUGUUUUCACCAGACAGUCAUUUUCGCGAAUGCUCAUCUCUAACUCGAACGUCGUUCACGCAAAAUUUUCACGAAAAUCAUAUGGCGCGCGUAAGCAAAUCGUCUCGCACUGUUUACCAACAUAUACAGAAAAUAAAUGUUAUUUGAAAUGCAAACAUUGUAAAUAAUAAUAACGAAUUUCAUAACAUACCCUUCUAAUUUCUUUAUAAUUAUUUAAAAAACGUAUUACCUAAAUAUAUAAACUAUAACAAUAUGUUAAUUUAUGAAACAUUUUAAUUGAACUAGUAUAGUUGACAACAAGUGCCUGGUCAA